AUGAGCGCUUCGGAAGCCAGCACAUUGCAAGCAAACACCCCCGACCAGGCCAACCACCCGUCGACAAACACCUCGACAGUGCCGUUACUCGGGGAAGGGUUUCAAGAGACAAAGCGGACUUCUCUGUCGCGAUCCGCAGAUAACAGCGACGUAGAACAAGAGGGGCAAACCGCUACCGAGGGGGGAAAACUCGGAAAACGUAGAUUGUUUGGAUUUGGGAAGAAAAAGGAGGACGAUAGUGCGAAGGGCAAGAACAAGACCACUACACCGACUAUGAAUCUUGGAAAUACUUCAACGCCAAUUGCAGCGCCGGUCGCUCAAAGGAUUCCACCAACGUCUCCGUCGCGAACCUCAACGAAUCAAUUCUAUUCAGCGCCCCAAUCUCCUCAAAGGAAUUUGUCUUCUUCGUCGCCACGAGUUGUAUCUCCUGCAGGGUCACAAAUCUUCGAGCGCGAUGUACAAGAGAGUACUUUACUACCGCCCAACUCAUCCGCGAUCCCGUCUCACAUUCAAACGGAAAACCAUAUUCCACCAGUACUGGAUGCCUCUUCUGAAGCUAUCACGAACAGCGAAUUGGAUCCAGAUACUGUGGAAAUUGUUAUGCAUUCCUCCCAUCAGCCGGCAGCUGUCAAUGUGACGGGUAUUGGCAGCAGCGAAUCACUUGGUGGUAAUUGGGCUGACGAGUUGGUCACUCACCCAGAUAGAGAUGAUGCUGCAUCCAACUAUGCGGCAUUGGACAACACCGAUAUCAGAAGAUUAAGUUUCAUAUCUUUUUCGGACAUCGUACAAUCCGAACAUGCAGAACAUGCGGGUAGCAGAGAUAGCAUCUACGUUGCGGGGCUGAGCUCAUUGUCUUCCGGUGGAAUCAAUAGAUCGCCAUCGCCUGUCAGAUCACCCGUCUCCUCCCAAGGAUUCAAUACCUCGCCGCCAACAAGCAAAUCCGCCUCGGUUCAAGGCGUUGAUCUCUCACCACGUGUGAAAGCAUUAGGAAGCCCUAUCUCAUCGCACCCACCAACUCAGAGCGGCGAGUUGACGAUUGAGACAAUGACCCAAGCUUUGAGAAGGACUGGGUCUGGGGAUUUGAGUGGCGUUCGAAGUCAAUUUUCAAGUCCAACCAGCCCUGAUGGUAUGUCUGAUCGGCCUUUCCGUUAG